GACGCUUUGUUGACCCUUGAGCUGUCAUUCACGGCCCAACACACAGGUAUGUCUCAGUGAACGCUGACCUAGAUUUAAUACCUGACUCACUUAAUCGGAGAACAUUCAACCUCAGCACACCUGUGGAGAGAGAUAGAGAGACACCUGAGUGGAGACAAGUUUAAAGAGAGACUGUUUUUAAAGGAAGAAUAUACAGAGGCAGAUUUGCCAUACAGCAUGCCAUGUCGCGAAAGCAUGACAACACUCAGCCUGUAAGUGGCGGCCAUCCAAACAAGUUAAACACAAUUUCACAACAAGUUGAUUCGCCACGGUCAUAUUCAAACCAUGCAUACGAGGAGGACAAACAUGGUGGCGCCAGCAGUCAUCCAGGUGCGGACCCGGCUCCUCAUGAAUACAGAAAUAUCCCUCAAGAGGGCGCUGUAGGCGCUGCCGGGCAUGAAUAUCGGAAUAUCUCAGCCAAUAGAUCCCCGUCCCAGCAAAACAGGAGCCGUGGAUCUGAGAGAGAAGACCCUCACCGCUCAUAUAGGAAUAUACCAGAACAAAAUGGUUCCCAUGGGAAUUACAACAAUAAAAAUGUCACAGAAAUUCGGCAAUUUGACGGUGCCAAAGAGUCCCCGUAUAGCAGGCAUAGACAAAUACCACAAAAAAGGUCACAAAACUCUCGUAAUAAAAAACCCUCACAGAAGGGAGAUAACAGAGAGGUGGCGGAGUCACAGUAUCUUCCUAUGGACAGAUUUAGUGGAGAGGGGCGGGACCCCCACCCACACGACGAAUACGACCAACUAGCGCCGCCUAGGCAUUCGUCGCCUCCAAAGCAGGCCUCACCAGAGGUCGCUGGUCACGAGUACAGGAACGUUUAUGAUCAUAAAUUCCAACCUUAUGAUGAGAGAUCUGCGGAUAUCACUCGGGGAGAAUCUAAAAAAUCCUACCUGAAUAUGGAAAGGCUAGACGGAACAAGACAAUCGGAUAUAAUAUUGGAGGAUAAUGAAGAACAUUAUAAACACCCAGUUAGGGCCUAUGAUAAUCUUGCCGUUGUGAAACCCACUGUACGUCCAAACAACGUCGACGUCGGUGCCUACGACAAUCCGGCGUAUCGCAACAGCUCCUACGAGAUCGCCCCUGGCGGAAAACCCCACCCAGAGAAUACGAUUCUGCGUACAGAGAAUGCGUACACCGAUGAGCCAGACAUAGGUAUAGGGCGUAUCCGACGGGAGCCGAAAUACGAAAGUAGAAAGUCGUAUAUUGAAGCAGUGGAGUCGUCCAAGGUCGAUGGCGAGGACCAGAAACGCGCCGCCAAGAAAAGGGUCAUUAUCAUUGUGGUUGUUGCGAUUGCGUUUCUCAUUGCUGUUGGGAUUGCGCUAGGACUUUACUUUGGAAUAUGGUACAAACCAGAAGAGACGUUAACAACGCCGAUGCCAACGCCCACUCCCACAAAUGGGCCAGCUGGUCUGGUCCAGUACAGUGUCGAGGCGACGAUAGAGGGAACAUGGAACCCCGAUCUCAGUAAUCCUAACUCCCAAAGAUAUCAAAACUUAUCAGCUGCAUUUAAAGAACAGAUGAGUGUUAUUCUCAAAGAUGGAACAUAUGGUUCUCAAUAUAACUCUAUAGAAAUAUCAGGAUUCCGAAAUGGUAGCAUUAAAGUAGAUUUCAAGGUGAUAUAUCUCGUGUCACCCGAUGCAAAGGAACCCCUUACUCCAAGAGUCGUUGAGAAGGACAUGGAGACCGGUAUAACCAAAGCCAGGGGAGACAAGACCCUCAAGAUUGACAUACAGCCCGACGUACUUAUACAAGUGCCGUGUUUCCUAACGGACCAAAUCGCCUGUCUAAACGGGACUUGCAUCAACAGAGACUUACUCUGCAAUGGAAGACUGGACUGCUCGGACGGCUUUGAUGAGUCGGAACUUGUGUGCCAAAUUGGUAAAAGUGUCACGUGCACCUUUGAGUCGGACAAUGCCUGCGGUUACCAAAAUGCCCCAAACCAGCGUCUGCCAUGGCGCCGGUUCAAAGGCUGA